UACUUGUUAACGGCUGCCUACUACAAAAUUUCCCGAUUGCAUUUAAUAUUAGAAAAAUAAACAUUUGACAAUAAAAGAAAAACUGCAUUCUCGCAUUCUCCAAGUUUUCAUCAAAUAAAAUGGGUCGGAAAAUUACUGUCGCAGUCUCGACACUAAAUCAAUGGGCACUGGAUUUCGAAGGCAACUUAGCCAGAAUAUUACAGUCUGUCUUGGAAGCCAAAGAAUUGGGCGCUUCAUAUCGCACAGGACCUGAAUUGGAAGUGAGUGGCUACAGUUGUGAAGAUCAUUUUCGUGAACCGGACACUUAUUUGCACUCAUGGGAAGUUUUACUGGAAAUCAUGAUGUCACCCAUUUGUGAAAAUAUGCUGGUUGAUGUCGGCAUGCCAGUAAUGCAUCGGAAUGUUGCCUACAACUGCCGGGUUGUGUUCUUUAAUCGUGAAAUACUACUGAUUCGCCCCAAAAUGGCAAUGUGCGAUGACGAUAAUUACAGAGAGUCGCGCUGGUUUACGGCUUGGACAAAAUCACUGCAAACUGAAGAGUACUUCCUGCCACGAAUGGUUGCGCAUCACACUGGGCAAACCACAGUGCCAAUUGGUGAUGCAGUUAUUGCUACAAAAGACACUUGCAUUGGGUAUGAGAUAUGCGAGGAGCUUUGGAAUGUUCGAAGUAAACACAUCGAAAUGUCCUUAUCUGGCGUGGAAGUGAUUGUCAACAGUUCUGGCAGUUAUAUGGAAUUGCGAAAGGCUUAUAUUACUACCGAUUUGGUACGCAACGCUAGUUUUAAGGCGGGUGGUGCCUAUUUAUUCAGUAACUUACGUGGGUGUGAUGGACAGCGCGUGUAUUUCAAUGGUUGUUCGGCAAUUGCAUUGAAUGGAGAAAUUGUAGCAAGAGGAAAACAGUUUUCCUUACAGGAUGUGGAAGUAACAAUAGCCACAAUAGAUCUUGAAGAUAUACGUUCAUAUCGCGUCUCCCAACGUUCACGUUGUAACAUAGCUGCCUCCGCGCCCACCUAUCCGCGUAUUGUGUGCGAUUUUGAGAUGUCCACACACAACGACAUAUUUAAAUUUGCCAGUACUCCAAUGCAGUGGAUAUAUCAUUCACCUGAAGAAGAAAUUGCAAUGGGUCCAGCUUGUUGGCUAUGGGAUUACCUUCGUCGCUCUGGUCAAGGUGGUUUCUUUCUGCCGCUAAGCGGUGGUGUUGAUUCAAGUAGUUCUGCUACAAUUGUACAUGCAAUGUGUCGACUUAUUGUUAAUGCUGUUCAAGCUGGAGAUGCGCAGGUUCUUCACGAUAUACGUAAAAUACUAGCUGACGCUGAAUAUACACCUGAUAAUCCCGCCGCUCUUUGCAAUAGACUUCUAGUUACAUGUUUUAUGGGCAGUGUAAAUUCUAGCAAAGAAACACGCCGACGCGCUUCACUAUUAGCUAGCCAACUUGGCAGUUAUCAUAUAGAAAUUAGCAUUGACACAGCAGUGAAUGCAUUGCUAGGCAUUUUUAAUGCCGUGACAGGCCUAACACCUCGCUUUCGUACUCAGGGUGGUUGUGCACGUCAGAACCUCGCAUUACAAAACAUACAAUCACGCAUUCGCAUGGUGCUUGCCUAUAUAUUUGCGCAACUCAUGUUAUGGGUACGAAAUCGUCCCGGUGGUUUGCUUGUUUUAGGCUCGGCAAAUGUAGAUGAAUCCUUACGUGGUUACUUAACAAAAUACGAUUGUUCCUCCGCUGAUAUAAAUCCUAUAGGCGGUAUAUCAAAAACUGAUUUACGCCGCUUUCUCAACUAUGCUAAAGAUAAAUUUAAUUUACCUGUAUUGGAGUCCAUUGUCGAAGCUCCGCCAACAGCAGAAUUAGAACCUUUACAAGAUGGUCAACUGAUGCAAACCGAUGAACAA